AUGAAAAAACGCCGUGCGGUUGCCGGAAAUGCCGCAAACCAAAAUGCCAACUCACAAGAUGGCGGCGGCAUGGUGCCAUCAUUGGCCCAUCUGGAGAGUGCACAGCCAAACCCGCCAAUGGGCGCUAGCAACUUGCCCCAGCAAGCUCUUGACUCCCGCAGUCACCAGUCCGGAAGCUACCAAUACGGCAGCUACUACUAUGGCGGCAAUGUCAACCACAGUGGCCACACCGAUUCUAUUGAGCAGCAGCCGGUCGGUCGUCCGAACGUGACAUGGAGCCACAGCAGCCCAUCGGUCGACCAUGAUGCCUUUCCACCUCUCCCUCCCGGCGGCAGUUUUUCUGCUGCCGUCCCCGUUAACCCGGCUCCUGCGUAUCAGGAUCAAAAUGCCAACCGCAUUAACCAAAAUGCAUAUACCGCGGACACCAACUCAUUCAACUACGACAAUCUCGGCACAGAGGCCUUAUCCCAUCAUCCAGGCCAAGAUUUCCAUACUGCCACUCCGCCCAACCCGACUCUUGUCCAUCAGGAUGCCAACUCCAUUAACCAAAAUACAUAUACCACGAACACCAACUCAUUCAACUACGGCAACCGCGGUCCAGAGGCCUUAUCCCAUCAUCCAGGCCAAAACUUCCAUGAUGCCAUUCCGACCAACGCGACUCCUCUCCAUCAGGAUGCCAACCCUAUUAACCAAAAUACAUAUACCCCCAACGCCAACUCUUUCAACUACGGCAACCUCGGUCCAGAGGCCUUAUCCCAUCUUCCAGCCCACCACGUCCCUACUGCCAUCCCCAUCACUCCGGCUCCUGUUCAUCAGGGUGUCAACCCCCUCAACCCCCAAACCCCCAACAUCAACUCUUUCAACUACGGCAACAUCGGUACAGAGGCCUUCCAGUAUAAUCCAGCCCACAAUUACCCUACUGCCCCUCUCACUGCCCACCCUCCUGUUCACCAGAGUGUCAAUCCCAUUAACCCCAAUACAUAUACCCCGAACACCAACUCAGUCAACCAAAGCACCCUCGGUAGAACGGUCUUACCCUAUCAUCCAGCCCCAAACUUCCCAACUGCCAGUCCCACCAACCCGACUCCUGUCCAUCAGGAUGUCAACCCCCUUAACCACAAUACCGCCAACACCAACUCAUUCAAUCACCCCAAUCUCGCCAACGAGGGUCACACAGCCGCGGCAGCCCCUCAUCAACACAAUCCCCUGGUACCUCCGAUCCCACAGCCCCGACUCCCGACCGCGCCAGCUGGAGUCCGUCGAUGCAAAGGCAGGCGCCAAAACGGUAUCUGUCGACCCUGUCUGAGUAACCCCCCCAACAGGGUGUGGAAAACUAGAGGAAACGUCCGCCAAUGCCACGAUUGCUUGGCCAAUAAGCCGUCAGAGUACGCUCGCCGAUGUGUGGCCGCUCUAGAAGCUGCAGGAUUGGAGCCUUGCUCCAACUGUUACCGCAAGGAGGCAAGGCCUAGCGGUGGCUUGUGCGAGGCCUGCUUUGCAGAUAAGCAAGCCAAUGCCAAACUGAGGAAACAGGGAAACGGUAAGGGGGGCAAGGGUAAGAAGGGUGAUGAUAUCCCGAGGGGCGGUCCGGGCGGUGGUCCUCCCAAGGGAAAUGGAGGCGGUCGUGGUGGAGGGUCUGGCCCGGCUCCUGGCGCUGGGGCUGUCGGUGUCGUCUUGAGCGGCAUCGAUCAGAUGGCUUAUUAG